AUGCGGUCCAGUAUCGCUUGCGCUCGAUGCCGGCGCAGUAAAAUCAAGUGCGUCAAUUCCGGUAUCGAUACUACAUGUCGCGCCUGCGAAUCCUCCGGUCGAGACUGUGUCUACCCAACCCCAGCCAUCGGUGUGAAUGGAAAUAAACGAGAUCUGGCCGCCCUUGUCGAUGGGGAGGAUCGAAAUGGUGAUUGGGGCGAUGGACCGAAGCGACCACGCCAGCGCAAAAUUCCUGGCAUCACAGGUUCUUCCCCGGGUUCCAAGGGUCUCGAUGUCCUUGAUGCCUCGAUCCUUACCGCAAAGGUUUGGGAGGCCGUCUUUGAUCUAUUCCAGUCCCAUUUUGCUACACAUCUACCCUUCCUUCAUCCAGCCACUUUCCUAGGGCAAAUCCGCCAACUGUCUACUCCUGCGCCGCCGACUCCGGUCCAGGUGGAGGGUCAGGAAGCCGUGCGCAAUGUCGCCUCCAAGGUUGACCCAUCCUCGUCAUUAAUUCCGCUCGGUGUCCUAGCUUUGACCGCUCGAUUUCACCCUCCCCUCAUCUCAUUCCAUUCUCCCGCGUCCCCGGGUCACCCGUCGAACCCCAUGGCCGCUUCGGAAUUCUAUGCGACAGCUUUACGAAGCCGGCUGGCCGGCCUCGAUGGUGCAAGCCUGGCGGUGCCCGACCUGGCCCGAAUCCAAGCACUGCUUAUGCUGGCGCUUCAUGAAUGGGGAAUGUGUCGCGGCAAGAGUGCCUGGGUAUAUGUUGGAAUGGCAAUCCGGCUUGCACAGAGCAUGGGCCUGCCCUUUGAGCUAGAGAAUGAGUUCCCUCCGCGGGAUUUCUCCCGUUUAUCACCGGGGUUCAAAAUGGAGGAACAUUUUGGUCUGCUCCGUCGAAUGGAACCGAAGGAGCAGACAUCCGAUGACAUCAUUGCACAAGAAACGAAGCGUCGGACAUUUUGGGCUUGUUUUAUCCUGGAUCGGUGUCUGAGCAGCGGCAAGUAUCGCCCGCGUAUGAUCAACAUCCAAGAUCUCGGGAUCCAACUACCGAGUGAUAAUGCAUUUGCCUUUGGGGAGCGGGUUAGGACUGCCCGAUUGAAUGAGCCGACCGCGCGCCGCCCACAAAGCUUUGGCGCUCAGGGCGUUCAGAUCCCGAGUAUUCGGCAGAGCUUAGGGCUAGGCGAUGAGAAGAUUCCUCCCACGAAUGGGACUCCUGAUGGCAAGGCCUGGUCCCCGAUCUCAAGGCGCAAGGACUCGAGUGAGGACGACGUCGAUCGGUGGGAGGUUGGGGCCGAAGAGUCGGUCUUGAGCCGAGUAAUUCGAAUCACUCGCAUCUGGGGAAGCAUCGCCAAGUGGUCUUGUGCAGGUGGCCGAAGAAUGGAGCAGUAUCCCCCAUGGCAUCCUGACUCACGCUUUGCGACGCUGCGGAUGCAGUUGAAUGAGUUUCAAGAUAGCCUCUCUCGCAAUCUCCAGUACUCGGUUCGGAAUACUGACACCCAUCUCAUGUACAAGACCACUCUGGCCUCCUACACCGUUAUGCAUGUGGUAUACUUCUUGUCUGUUAUCGUGCUACACCGUGCUUAUAUUCCAUUUUUGCCUCUCCGUUGCAAUGAGCCCAUCGGUCCCCUGGACGAGCCAUUGUUACCUUCCGAUAAGAUCAAUGGCCCGCCCGAGGCUUUCUGGCGUGAAAGCGCCCGCGAGCUGUUCAAGGCGGCUCGUCAGAUGAUUGAUCUGGUUGCGACUUGUCAAAGCCGCGGCGCCCUCGUUGAGAAUCCCCUCGUUGGCUUUGCGAUCUACAAUGCGGCGUUCCUUGGUGUGUAUAGUUCCCAUUUCCCGCAUAUGGACCCCGACGGUCUUCUGGCCGCCAGACCUCCGCCCGCCAGUCAUGACAGCCACUUGCCUGGUGCAGUGCAGUUUCGCAAUGCCCUGGAUAUCCUACGGGAGAUGCGACCACGUCUCAAGAUGGCCAGUGGGUGGUUUCGUACUUUAAAUCGUCUUCACAGCUACUUUUCCAAGGUCAAGCGGGAUUUCCGCCGGUACUCCCGCAACCGCCUGGACAGUAUGUCGGAUGCUUCUGAUCAUGGUCUGAACGGCGCGCGGUCGGUUCGGGAAGGUGGCCUUGGCGGUGGCUUGGAGGAAUUCAAGCUUGUGGAGAAGCUGUUCCUGGACUUUGGAUCCAUUGAAGAUCAGCUACAUGAAUUAAUGGAGGAGGAUGGCAUUGUCAUGGCCAUGGGUAUGGGUGGAGAGUUGAUGCCCGACCGCAUGACAAAUCUCAGCGACGCCGGGAGCAAUGCCGUCAAGAGUGAUCUCGGGGACGCCAGUGAGCAGCUAGAUGGUGCCGGUGGUCGUCGUGAGUCCUGGGUACCAGUCAACAGUCCCGGUCUUCCUUUACCAGGCCACGAAGGAGCUCGCCGCCCCAGCCUUCCUUUGCCCAACACCAACCGCCCCAUGCCAUCACAAUCUCCUUACUCAUUGCCAUCUUUGCAACAACAUCACCCUGAUGGUCCUAUGUACACAUCCCCUCCCAACCUCCCUUCGUUGGUAGCAACUACCCAAUCUCCCUCGCAGUAUCUAACUGCAACAACCAACCGCUUGCAACCUAUCAACUCCUGGCUUCCUUCCCGCCAGAACGCACCCCCUCCAUACUCUCAGUCGCUGCCACCCAUUAAUGCCACUGCUCCACAUGUACCCGUCCUCCCGCCACCAGGCCCAGUCACCCAACUAGCCCCAUCGCCACCCUUGACCUCAACUGAGGGCCCAGAUACCAGCCUCCUAUCAACUAGUUUGGGCGGCGACGAUGUCAUGGCCUUCCUGGACGGAGAGGACUGGGCACAACUAUCCCUGAUUCAACCCUCGGAAGUCGGUAUUCCCACCGGAUGGCUAAGCACCGUGUGGACUUCUUUCAGCCGAUAG